AUGGAAGAUUUGGGGUAUAUUUCCCCAUUGAAGUCCUGGAAGGAAAUCUAUGUCUUUAUUAUAUCAUUAGAGUAUGGGAGUGAUAUAUCUAUGGAAAAGGAAUGUAGUUAUAUUGAUGAGGGGAUAGAGGAGAGGUAUAUCGGUUUGAAAAUUGAGAUGGAGAUGAGGAUUAUAGAAUCUUGGUUUUUGUAUACGGAGGGUUGGAAACGGAAUAGAGGGGAGCUGGGGAUUGAUGUGGAUUGGGAAUGUAUGGGAGGGAGUUUUGAGGACGUGGUGGGUGGGUUAGGGGGGAGUGGAGGUGGGUUGAGGGGGAAUGGGGAAAUUUCAUUGGUGGCGGAGUGGUGGGAUAGCCGUGAGGAGUUGAGGGGAGGUCGGGGGUUUGCGAACAUGGAUGCGGAUGUCGAAGGGGUUAAGUAUAAGCAUGAGGAUGGUGAUAUGAAGUAA